CUGACAGGCCUACAGUGGAUAUCACCCGGCUGUAAUAAUGGCGGGGCAGGUGAUCCAAGUUAUUUAUCUACUGGCCAUGUUUAAAGCAGGGAUUUGUGUCAUUCCUUUAAUCCAAUGCUUUCCGAAGACCACUUGUUCGUGUCACACUGGGGAAGGAACGAUUGAUCUCCACCCUCUUGCCAAUACCGACGGUACACCACGAUUCCGGGACAUCGCCGACCCCGAUGGGAAAACGUUCUACUCCUGGAACCCCUGCUAUGGUUUUGAUGAGGUUGGAUGCUGGGACGUUGCAGUGUGCAAGAUCACGGACCAUGGUGUGUCCAGCGUGAGCCUUGGCCCGCAGUCCAGUGUCCACUUCGUGGUCGACUCCGUGUAUGGACAGCUGCUUAAGUACACGCAGUGGGGGUCAGCGAACUAUUCAGGAAUCAUCAUUCUCACCUGCGAUCACACCGAGGAAGGCGUCGUUACUCGUCGCCCCAACAGUGACUUCGGCAGCUACUUCUACCUAGAACUGAGGAGUAAGCAUGCAUGUCCAAUCAAAAUAAAUGGAAGUACAACAGCGCCACCUACUGAGUCCACAAAGAGGUAUCGACGGCCGAUAACUCCUGCGUUCAUCAGACCAGCAAUCACACCCUCCAAACCUUCACCCGCGCCUCUUUUAGAUUUGAACACACUCGGCACUGUCUCCAUCUGCCUGAUAGUAUUGAUGGUCCUACUGAUCAUCCUGGUGUCCACCAUGUUCUGCUGUCUCUACCGCCGGCUGAACGCUAUCGCUGGACAAAGAUCUUCACACAAACUGUCAUCUGUGACAAUCAAUGGCAAAUAUGGGAUGAACGAUCCAUGAAUACUACCCGAUCCCAGUAAUACAGUAAUCUCAGAUCACCGAUCAGUUAGAACGCUGUUAUAUCCAGUUGGACACCUGGUGUCAUCACUGAUUUCAGCCAUCCAUUCAUACAAUUGUCACGGCGUGUGUUUCCUUUACACAUAAUUGAAUUUGUUUCUAAGGAUAGUUAAGGCUGGCGGUUCUUUUGCACUUAGGUUCUAUGUUAUAACAGGUGCCACUUGUUCGUUCAUGG